GGAGAGCAAGUGAGAAUAUCCAUUAGCCAAGCCGGGUUCAGAUCAGGAGAGCAGGUGAGAAUAUCUGGUAGCCAAGCCAGGAUCAGAUCAGGAGAGCAGGAGAGAAUAUCCGGUAGCCAAGCCAGGCUCAGAUCAGGAGAGCAGGUGAGAAUAUCCGGUAGCCAAGCCAGGGUCAGAUCAGGAGAGCAGGUGAGAAUAUCCGGUAGCCAAGCCGGGGUCAGAUCAGGAGAGCAGGUGAGAAUAUCCGGUAGCCAAGCCGGGGUCAGAUCAGGAGAGCAGGUGAGAAUAUCCGGU